GCAGGGCGAGUCUCUCCCACCUUCUCCCCGGCUUUACAGACACUCAAGUGUAUAUAACUGCCAUAAUCAAGAAGAGCUGCCCACCUGCUGGCCUUCUCCCCAGGUCUGGAGACCAAGAAAAUUACCUGAAGGUGAAGAGGGGAAAUCUGAGCCAAGAUUCUGGCCUCUCCGAUACUGGGUGGACAGUGGCCUUAAGUCCAGGCCUGAGUCCACUCCAUUCUGCUCCAGAUCAGCUUCCACUGAGCCCUCUCACCUGGGACUGUCCGGCUUUCAAAAGACCCCGAGGGCAGGCUGGUGAGGUGGGCAUCAUGGUCCCUCUGAACAAAGACAACCAGGAGGACAUUUGUCCCAUCUGCCUGGAUCCCCCGAAGGAGGCUGUGAGCACCGACUGCAGACACCGCUUCUGCCGCACAUGCCUGACCCAGCACAUGGAUAAGGCCUCCGUGUCUGGGGCUCUCAGAUGCCCAGUCUGCAGGAAGCCCUGUUCUGAGGGGGUCCUUGGAGACAAUUACAUCUGCUGCAGCCACCAGAAGAAGGUGUGCAGGUUCUGUGAGGCAAGCAGACACCUCCUGUGUGUGGAAUGCCUCAUGUCCCCUGAGCACCAGUCCCACACUGAGCUCUCCAUCGAAAAUGCCAUCAGCCACUACAAGGAAAGACUCAACCGCAGAAGCAGAAGGCUCAGAAAGGACCUUGGGGACCUUCAACGGCUUAAGGCUCAGGAAGAGGAGACGCUGCAGGCUCUGCAGGUGGACUGGGGGCGUCACAGGCUAAGAACUGGGCAGCAGAACCAAGACCAAACCAAGGAGUGGCUGAAGGCCCUCCCUUGGCAUUGGCUGGACCAACAAGAGGACCUACCAGUGGAGGUGGCCAAGACCCCUACCUUCUCCGAGGCAGUAACACAGCUCAGCAUCCUGGUUUCUAGCCUGGAAAGGAUGGCUAAGGAACUGGAUGCCAGCACUCUGAAGGAUGCCAGUGACUUACUGGACAGGAGCGCCCCACAAAAAUUAGAAGGACUCCUCUCUCAUCUUCCUCAGCCAGCCCGAAGCUCAGUUAGUUCUCAGUGUUCUCACCCCACAGCUCUCACCGAUGCCCUAACCGCUGACGCUUGGAUACAGUCUUCCUCUUAAGCCAGACUUGAGCUGUGGCUCUCACUGUUGUGGCCAGCAUUUCAGACCUCCACCAUGUCCUCCGCCAUGUCCGGGGCCAUUUGCACAGUCUCCACAUAACCUGUGACCUGGUGGUGUCACCCACUGCCCCUGGUCUCAUGUGAGCAUCGAGGCAUCUGGAUGGCACAGCAGAACGACACCCGGGGCCCGGCAGGCUUAGGGGCGAUAUUUCUUCUGAUUCUGACAGACUGGCUGAGCUGCCCACCCUGUUCUCAUGUGAGCAUCGAGGCAUCUGGAUGGCACAGCAGAACGGCACCCGGGGCCCGGCAGGCUUAGGGGCGAUAUUUCUUCAGCAGAAUGGCACCCGGGGCCCGGCAGGUUUAGGGGGUGAUAUUUCUUCAGCAGAAUGGCACCUGGGGCCCGGCAGGUUUAGGGGGUGAUAUUUCUUCAGCAGAAUGACACCCGGGGCCCGGCAGGCUUAGGGGCGAUAUCUCUUCUGAUUCUGACAGACUGGCUGAGCUGCCCAGCCCAUUUACUAUGACUGUGGCAGACAGACUCAAGGGUGAUUUCCACAGUUCAUGCUCAUGUACAUGUACAUGUGUAGCUUGUGUGUAACUCUGCAGUGUGAGUGGCAUCUGUGACUUGCUUCUCAUCGAAGGAAGACAGCAGAAGUGAUGGAAGUCACUGCAGUGACCACGUCUUCUUCCACCGGACUCUUUCUUGCUAAUAGAAGCAUUCUAGAGACUCUUCUUGCCAAAGUUAGUGAUGCUGAGGAGAAAGACGUGUGGGCAGCUCCUAACUUCCCAGAGCAGCCUCCAUCUCCCAGCUGACAGGAAUCAGGGGCCUGGAUCUCACAGUUUCGAUAAAUUCUCCCAACGCUGUGAGUAGAGCUGGAAGUAGAUCCUACUGGGACCUGGAAGUGUCCCUGCUUCUCACUCUGCCCUGCCAUAGUUUCCAUAAAGACCCAAAAAUGGUAGAAAAAAUUCUCUUUUCUUAUUUAUGUAUCUGUUUUGUAAUAAACCUUCCUAUUAUUUAAA